UUUUUUUCUGUAUAUUCGGGGGAAGUCCCUAAAUCGCACAGGAAUGUAAUUUUAGCCGAUUUCAGUGUUCAUUAAAGUUUAUUUAUUUAUAUGUACCUAUGUAGUGAGUGUACAAUAAUUACCAUAGAGAUUUUGGACCUACUAUUUCUACUAAAUUUUGUUUUUUAUUUCUUUGUGAAAAAAAAACACAAUGAACAAAACUAAAUCGAAAUCGAAAAGGCAAAAAAGAAAACAAAAAGUCUUAAGAGAUAGAGAGUAUGAGAAUAUAUUGGAAAAAUCUGAUAAAUGUCUAAAUAAAAUACCACAAAAGAGGUUUUUUUCACACGAAAUACCACCUCAAUAUAGAGAACGAGUACAGCUUCUGAAUCAGCACAUACAACAUUCACUUGCACACUACUAUAAGCAUGGAAAAAAUUAUUUCGAACCACUCAUUAAACUCCUCUUUGACUUUCCAAUUAGUCAAGAACGCUUCAAAACAAUUAUAACCAUCAGUAUUACCACAACAAACUCUGACCCAUAUAAACCGCAAGAAAAGUUAGAUAUAAUGUAUUUUUUAAAGCACUUAAACAGCACCGCCCAUGGAAUUUUUCGCGAAGACAAAGAUGUUUCUGUAAACAUUUUAUUGAACAUGCUAAGGCCAAAAGAGUUUUUUAAUAAAGAAUCUUCACAAAAACAUGAUAAAUCUUCAGGGAUUGUCAAAAAAAAUACUCCUUUAAAAACAGAUUUGAAGAAAGAACAAGAAAGGCCAGGUAACAAAAUAAAUGAAGAAAACACUUUACCAUCAAUAUCGAAAAUUGUUGAAAAUAACAAAAAUAAAUUAAACAAAAUAGGCAAUGAAAAUAAAAAAAUCAAAUUAUUAGAUUAUUUGGAAAACCUUUUCGAAUCUGGUAGAUUAGACAGUGAUAUAAAAAAAAUGUUAGGUGACCAAAGAAAUAAAUCUACAGAAGUUUCUAAAGAAAGUACACCCAGGGGAUUAAAUUCUCGGAAAAAUGAACAUCAAGGGUCCAUACAAACAAAUCAAAACGACGAUGAAAAAAAAGAAGGUGAGUGGAAAGAGGUUACCAAAAAAGACAAGAUUUGUAACAAAGUGGGAAAACGUUUUGAAGAAUUUAAAAUAAACGAUAACAAUAAAAAUAUUAAAGAACUUGAGGCAGGUAACAAAACGAAUAAAGCAAAAACUUUGUCAUCAAAAUCAAAAAGAAUGGCAACAAAAAUUGAAGGAAAUAACAAAAAUAAAUCCUCUGAAAUGGUACCAAAAAAAGAAAACAAAAUAGACAAUUUAAAUAAUGAAAACAAAACAUCAGGAUAUUUGGAAAACCUUUGUGAAUUUGGUUCAUUUGACAGUGAUUUAAAAAAAAUGUUAAAUAUCCAAAUAGACAAAUCUAUAGAAAUAUCAAAAGAAAGUACACAAUCUCAGAAAAAUGAACAUCAAGGGUCCAUAGAAACAAAUGAAAACGACGAUGAAAAAAAAGAAGGCGAGUGGAAAGAGGUUACCAAAAAAGACAAGAUUUGUAACAAAAUGGGAAAAUAUUUUGCAGAAUUUAAAUUAAACGAUUACAAUAAAAAUAUUAAAGACUUUGAGGCAGGUAACAAAACAAAUGAAACAAAAACUUUGUUAUCAAAAUCAAAAAAAAUGGGAACAAAAAUUGUAGGAAAUAACAAAAAUAAAUCCUCUGCAAUGGGACCAAAAAAAGAAAACAAAAUGGACAAUAUAAAUAAUGAAAACAAAACAUCAGAAUAUUUGGAAAACCUUAGUGAAUUUGGUUCAUUUGACAGUAAUUUAAGAAAAGUGUUAAAUAUCCAAACAGACAAAUCUGUAGAAAUAUCAAAAGAAAGUACACAAUCUCAGAAAAAUGAACAUCAAGGGUCCAUAGAAACAAAUGAAAACGACGAUGAAAAAAAAGAAGGAGAGUGGAAAGAGGUUACCAAAAAAGACAAGAUUUGUAACAAAGUGGGAAAAAGUUUUGCAGAAUUUAAAAUAAACGAUAACAAUAAAAAUAUUAAAGACUUUGAGGGAGGUAACAAAAUAAAUGAAACAAAAACUUUGUUAUCAAAAUCAAAAAAAAUGGGAACAAAAAUUGUAGGAAAUAACAAAAAUAAAUCCUCUGCAAUGGUAGCAAAAAAAGAAAACAAAAUGGACAAUAUGAAUAAUGAAAACAAAACAUCAGAAUAUUUGGAAAACCUUUGUGAAUUUGGUUCAUUUGACAGUGAUUUAAAAAAAAUGUUAAAUAUCCAAACAGACAAAUCUACAGAAAUAUCAAAAGAAAGUACAGAAUAUCAGAAAAAUGAACAUCAAGGGUCCAUAGAAACAAAUGAAAACGACGAUGAAAAAAAAGAAGGCGAGUGGAAAGAGGUUACAAAAAGAGGCAAGAUUUAUAACAAAAUGAAUAAACGUUUUGCAGAAUUUAAAAUAAACGAUUACAAUGAAAAUAUUGAAGACUUUGAGGCAGGUAACAAAAUAAAUAAACCAACAAAGAACAAAAAUAAAUCCGCUGCAAUAGUACCCAAAAAAGAAAACAAAGAAGACAAUAAAAAUAAUGGGAAAAAAUCAUCAGAAUAUUUGGAAAACCAUUUUGAAUUUGGUACAUUUGACAGCGAUUUUAAAAAAAUGUUAAAUAUUCAAACAGAAAUAUCAAAAGAAUCUCAGAAAAAUGAAAAUCGAGGGUCCAUAGAAACAAAUGAAAAUGGCGAUGAAAAAGAUGAAGGUGAGUGGAAAAAGGUUACAAAAAAAGACAAAAUUUGUAACCGAAUAUUCAAAAUAAAGGACCACAAUGAAAAUAUUAGAGACUUUGAUAGUGACUCCGAUCAAACCACCAAAAGUGAAAAAACAAAAUCUAAAAAAAAACGAAAAAAAGCAUCUAAACAAAAUGAUUAUUUUGUUAAAAAUGCAAAUGACAAUCAAAAGUCAAAGAAUACAAAUGAAAAUGAGGAAGGCGAGCGUAAAAAUAUUAAAGAAAAUUUUAAUGAAAAUAUCAACUUUGCGGACCUAGAAUUGCCAAUGAAAAUUCACGGAAUUGGCAGUUUUUAUGAGAGUGAUAACUUCAGUGAAGAUGGUUUUAGCGAUUUUGACGAUGAUUACUAUAAAUAUUUACCGCCCCCCAUUAAAAUCAACCCCGAAGACGUGGUUGUAAUUAUAGCCCGUUUAAAUUAGAA